UCUGAGCGCUUCUUCCGGGUGGGGCCCCGGGCGGAGGCGAUGGCGCCCUGGGCGCUCCUCAGCCCUGGGGUCCUGGUGCGGACCGGGCACACCGUGCUGACCUGGGGGAUCACGCUGGUGCUCUUCCUGCAUGAUACCGCACUGCGGCAGUGGGAAGAGCAGGGGGAGCUGCUCCUGCCCCUCACCUUCCUGCUCCUGGUGCUGGGCUCCCUGCUGCUUUACCUGGCUGUGUCACUCAUGGACCCGGGAUACGUGAAUGUCCUGCCCCAGCCCCAGGAGGAGGCCAAGGAAGAGCAGACAGCCAUGGUUCCUCAGGCCAUCCCCGUGCGGCGCUGCAGAUACUGCAUGGUGCUGCAACCCCUGCGGGCCCGGCACUGCCGUGAGUGCCGUCGCUGUGUCCGCCGCUACGACCACCACUGCCCCUGGAUGGAGAACUGCGUGGGGGAGCGCAACCACCCGCUCUUCGUGGCCUACCUGGUGCUGCAGCUGGUGGUGCUUCUGUGGGGCCUGUACCUGGCAUGGUCUGGCCUCCGCUUCUUCCAGCCCUGGGGGCUCUGGCUGCGGUCCAGUGGGCUCCUGUUCGCCACCUUCCUGCUGCUGUCACUCUUCUCCCUAGUGGCCAGCCUGCUCUUAGCCUCACACCUCUACCUGGUGGCCAACAACACCACCACCUGGGAGUUCAUCUCCUCACACCGCAUUGCCUACCUCCGCCAGCGCCCCGGCAACCCCUUCGACCGCGGCCUAACCCGCAACCUGGCCCACUUCUUCUGCGGAUGGCCCUCAGGGUCCUGGGAGACCCUCUGGGCCGAGGAGGAGGAGGAGGAGGAAGGCAGCAGCCAGGCUGUUUAGGGUCGCUGGAGUCCGGGCCACCAUCUUGUGCCUAAAAACCAGAGGGGCUGCACCCAGGGGGCUGGGGCUGCACCCAGGGGGCUGGCCCUCCAAGGGCCUGGGGCUCCUCACUCCUGCCCACGCGUCCCAGGCCUCAGAGUGGAGUGGGCGGGCAGAGCCCUGCCUCGGUGGGCAGCUCUGCCCUCCAAAGGCAGAAAAGGAGGACGAGGACCCAUGGGGGGGCUCAGACACAAAGGACCUGGGCUUCGGAGACCUCUACCCGCCCCCCAAGCCAGACUGCUUCCAGUGCACAGUUUUAUAAAUUUAAUCAUCCAUAAUGCAAGUCAAGUAUUAAAAAAAAAA